GUUAGUUUAGUUUUGGGUGAUCAGAUUCCCCGAGUCUAUUCCGGGACACUUUGCGCGUGACCGUGAUACUCGUGCGCGCACACGCGCUUUGACGUAAGCGCGCGCGGCUCAAAGCGGCUCAGACAGGUGCGUUCAUCAUCCUGUCCCGCUCACUUUAUCAACACCUCCGACAAUAAUCAACUGUUUUCUUGUUCUCUACAUGUACUUCUAUCACAAUUCAGUUAAAGUAAGAAAAUCCGACAGCAGAAGUGAUGAUGGGGAAUCGGCCAAAACUUCAGCUGAUUUAUUUCACCUUUGUCGGGACUGGGGACACACAGCUCAAACUCGAGACUGUCCCGGUCACGCUAGAUAUUCAGACCUUCACUCUGCACACCGUCCUGCUGUGGCUGAUGUUUGCUGAUGGUACAGCCUCUGUGCCAGGCUUCACAUCGACAGUAGGGAAGCUUGGUCAGCCUGCCACUCUGUCCUGUAUGUGGAGAUGUUCAGGCUCAGUGAAAUGGACCAUGAUCCAGAGGCUGAGUCCAGAUGUUGUGGUGGCUUGGUGUGAUCAGAGUUCCUGCAGCUCUGUGGAGGGGUUUAUCAUGUCUCAUCCUCAGUACAUGGAGGGGAAUCUCUCUCUCGCCGUCACUGCAGCUGCUUACAGUAGGCGUGGCUGGUACAUGUGUCGGUGUGACGGCGAGGACGUCUGUCAAGUGAGUCUUCGCAUCGAGCCUGUAGAGGUGGUGAAACCUCUCCGUCCUGGAGAUUCCCUUGCUGUGGAUGUGGUGAUCCCUGAGCGGGUGGAGGUUGCGGUACAGAGGAGCGCUGAUGGUGGUGAUGGAGCUCAGAGCUCUGUCUCAGUCCGACUCUGUACGGUUGAUGGACGGACGUUUCACUGUGACCCUGAGUAUGAGAGGAGAGUGUCGUUCACAUGCUCACUGACUCUGACUGCGGUGAAUGAGACUGACGGCGGUGUGUACACUGUCCGCGACACUGACAAUGACGAGAUCAUAUCCAAAACCACACUCACACUCACAGGAAAUAACACGGAUCCCAACAACACACUGCCUGCAAAAGGUAAACAGAGCAGCUGGAACCUGAAGAGAAUCUUUAAGGAGGAGUGGAGAGGCGUGGCUGUUGGAGUGUCCCUGGGUCUGGGUGUGUUUGGAGUUCCGUGGCUGGUCCAGUGCUGCUGUUUCAUCAGGAGGAAAGUGGAGAAGUGUCGGAGAUGCAGUGAUGAUCACAGCAGGCAGAAUGAGGCGUGUACUCCUGGUGAAAACGUCAAGCUGAAUGUAUUUGAUGAUGAUUUACGGCUCUAGGAUGGGCGUGUCUGAUGAUGAGUAGGGCUCUAGGAUGGGCGUGUCUGAUGAUGAGUAGGGCUCUAGGAUGGGCGUGUCUGAUGAGUAGGGCUCUAGGAUGGGCGUGUCUGAUGAUGAGUAGGGCUCUAGGAUGGGCGUGUCUGAUGAUGAGUAGGGCUC